AUGAACAAGUUCAUUUGGGUCAUGCUGCUGCUUUUGAUCACUGUGGCUCUUGCUGAUCAUGAUCAUGAUUUUCAUCAUGAACAUGAUAAAGGUGGUCCAUGUGGCAAGUUUAGCACACAAAGAAUGUUGACACAUAAGCUGCGUCACUGUGAAAAAGCAGCACGUGACGAGUGUGCUCCUGUUUCUGCUCAGUGCUGCAAAGAGGUAGCAGAGGUAAGCAUCCCUUGCAUGCAUGCUAUCUUCUCUUCUGAUGCCUUCAAGAAAGUUGGCGUUAAUCCCAAAGUUGCAAUCACCAUUCUCGCGCGUUGUCAUCAUGUCAAGGUCAACCCUUGA